CAUCACCUUUACCGCAACUCCCUGCGCUUCCUGGACCUGGUGUUACUACCUUGGAAACUAGAGUAGUAACCUAUGAGGUUUCCAUGAUCACAUAACAUUUCACUGUGGAGAUCGGGAGAAAUAAAAGGGCUGCAGAGGUUGAUGGAAAGAAAGUGAGAAGAGGGCGGGCCACUUGAUGACGGUACCCGAGCGAAGGAGCUGCUUUGGAUCCGCCAGUCGGUGUUUGAGAGUGAGCGGCUAAAGUCCACUUGGAUUAUGACAAGCUGGAAACGGAGUUAUCUUUUUUCUUGAGGAAUUAGGACACGAAUUCAGGCUUCUUCCCUCUUCUCUUCAUCACAUUGAAAGACUCCAACACUAAAAGUAGUGAGUAGCAGCACAUCAGUGUUUGUCUGAGGAGGUCUUUGUUCACUCAUGCACCCUGUUAGAGGACAGUUUCUACCCUAAGGGACGCCCGGCGGAGAUGCAGGGAGCUAACUCUGUGGCAGCGAUGCUCCUGUUGCUGACUUUCUUGUGUGCAGUGGCGGCUGGCUUCCCAUUCAGAAUGCCUCUGGACCUGGACGUGACUCCACGUCUCACUGUGCUGAGCAGCGGUCUCCAGGGCUGCAGGCGUUUUGGGUCUUCUGCAGUCAACUACAGCACGAUGCUGCUGGAGGCUGACAGUGAGCGCCUCUACGUGGGGGCCCGGGGGGCCGCAUUCGCUCUGAAUGCCUCUGACAUCUCCGCUAGCUCCCCUCUCACUAUUAGGUGGGAGGCCUCCGCUGAGCAAAAGCUUCAGUGUCUGCUCAAGGGAAAAGACAAUAAGACUGCUGGAGAUGGGCACCAGCUCCCUUGCGACCCAGUAUGGAAGAAGCGGACAGAGUGUUUUAAUCACAUCCGCCUCCUGCAGAGGUUUAACUCUACUCACCUUUACAUGUGUGGGACUCAUGCCUUUAGGCCCCUCUGUGCAUACAUUCAUAAAAAAACCUUUGUUAUGUCCUCUCAGCCUGAAGAAGGCAGAGAUAAAUGUCCUUAUGGGCCAAUGACAGGUUACACUGCUCUCAUUAUAGACCAGCAGAUAUACACAGCCUCCCAGUAUGACUUUUGGAGCUAUCCAGAUAUUCGCAGAAACCCUCCAUCUCCUGCUCUGAAGACAGAGGAUGCUCCCACACGCUGGCUCAACGAGGCGGACUUCGUGGGUUCAGCUCUGGUAAGAGAGAGUUUGGGCAGCAGCACUGGAGACGAUGAUAAGAUAUACUUCUUCUUCACUGAGAAGAGCCAGGAGCAGACUACAACCUACAGCCACAGCAGGGUGGCACGAGUGGCCCGGGUGUGUAAGGGAGACAGAGGAGGCCAUUUGACUCUCCAGAAACGAUGGACGUCCUUCCUGAAGACCAGACUGACUUGCUCCCUGCCCGAGUACGACUUCCACUUUAACAUGCUGCGCAGUGUCUUUGUAAUGCAUGGCCUCACCCCACAGGACACGCUCUUUUAUGGCAUCUUUGGUCUAGAGUGGAAAAACGUGAAGGCGUCUGCAGUGUGUCGGUUCUCGCUGUCCGAAGUCCAAGAAGCCUUCCAAGGACCCUACAUGGAGAACCAGGAUUCUGGCUCCAACUGGAAGGAAUAUGUUGGAAAAAUCCCUGACCCAAGGCCUGGAACUUGCAUUACCGACAGUCUGAGGGCCAAGGGCAUAAACAUCUCCACGUCCCUACCUGAUGAUGUCCUGGAUUUUGUAAGACGGCAUCCUCUAAUGUCGCAUCAAGUCCAACCUGCAGACAGACGUCCCCUGUUGUUCAGGAGGACAACAGACUACACACGUAUGGCAGCACUUGUGGUCCAGGGACUAGAUAAACAAAUGUACCAUGUUUUAUACAUGGGCACAGAUGAAGGUUGGUUGCACAAAGCUGUUGACAUCAAGGGUCAGCUGCAUGUUAUUGAAGAGUUGCAGCUGUUUGAGAAACCAGAACCUGUUAACAACAUUCUACUAUCUACAAACCAGAUGAGUGUGUACAUUGGCUCCCCAUCAGGUGUUGUUCAGCUGCCGCUCUCUGACUGUGGAAGGUACAAUUCCUGCUAUGACUGCAUCUUUGCCCGGGACCCUCACUGUGCCUGGAAUGGAGCCAAGUGUGUGGUCGUAAUGACCCAGUCAAACAGAUCCACUUUAAUCCAAGACAUCCAGCAUGGCAGAAAGGGGUGUGAGAACACAGGAUAUGAUGUGGUCCAGCGGAGCCGCUCUGUUCGGGUUGGUGAUGACGUGCUGCUGCAGUGCGAGCUAAGCUCCAACUUGGCAACUCCCUUUUGGACGCUGGAUGGCAGUGAGGUGCAGGGCUACGACCUCAACUCUGGCUUCAGAACCGGUACAGACGGCCUGCUGAUCAUCGAGGCCCGACAGGACCAGAGCGGUCUCUACAUCUGUCACGCUGUGGAGAACAACGUCAAGGUUGCUGUAGUAACCUUCAAUGUAACCAUCAGUUUGGAUCUGCCUCCUCCUCCACCCACAGAGCAAACGCACAACCUUUUUGCCACAGUACCAGCUCCACCCGAGCCUCCCUCAUCCGAUGGGGCCCGGCCACUCCUCCUGCUGUCCCCCAGGAACAUGGAAGCCAUGUACCUGUCCCUCAUCACCGUCCUCGGGGGGCUUUGUUUGGUCCUCACCGUUGUCCUUGCUUAUGUGGGCUUCUGCUUGCGGACUGGCCAGAGAGGGAAAUACUCUCUGCGUGCCGCAGCUGCAGCGUACCCGAGCAGCAAGAGGAGCAGCAGGUGCAGAAAACAGCACAGAAACUCCUCCCACAUGGAGCUGAAGACCGUCUCAAGUCACUGCAAUGGCAUAUGUAAUGGAGUUUCUAAGCUGCAAAAUGGAGACAUACAGGAUGGAGGUUUUCUACAGAUUGUUCCCGGUGAGGGUCAGACUUCAACAAAUAAUGAACCUCCUCCCCCAGCACCUCCUCUCCCUCCUACCCCACAGCAUACAUCUCCAGAGUGUGACUUUCCAAAUGGUCUGUCAGCCACGCUGCCCAGCGUUCUGAGGAGGAUGAACGGGAACAGCUACGUGUUGCUGAGGCAGAGUGACUCAGAAAACACUUCUCCGCUCUCCCACUCCUUCUCUGAGGAGCUCAACAGGAUCUUAGAGAAGAGAAAGCGCACACAGCUGCUGCCCAGGCCAGAUGAGAGUUCAGUGUAGAUCUCCUGUUGAAUUUGUGCUCUUACCUUGUCCUUGUCGCAUUGGGCCCUCAUUGUUGUAGACUAAAGCAAUGAAAGAGUCUUAUUUCCAUCAUUUACUUUGGAUUAUUUUUGACAGUUCUGCCUUUUCAACUAAUGAGCCAUUUUUUCAUUCUGAACGACCAACUUUCCCAGCACACCACCAAUGAAAAUAAAACUUCCCAUUGAAGGUCAGAGCAUGAAACAGGAAAAAAAAGUGCAAUCUACCUCACCUCGACACUGCCUAAAAAGACAAGUUGUCAAGACUGUAGUCUGCUCCGAGGAUCAGUGCUGAAAUGUUAUGGAUCAAUAAGGAGCCAAGCAGGACACACACUGUCUAACAUGAUGUGGAGCCAUGGAGGAAUAUAAAUAUAAUUGAAGAGUGAAGUCUGACUAUAGGGCAGCUUGCAAAGUUUGUUUUUACAUAAGCUACUGCACAAAUGGGCUAUGCAUGUUUAAACCCUGACAUUGACUAAUGAAGAGAAUGUAUGUAAAUGGAAAUGAUAAGUAUUAUACUAUCAGACUGCCCUUGUGGUGGCCCUUGAUGUCUUUCAGCUGCUUCUUGAGUCUUUUAUGUUGUUGACAGACUUCACCUUCAACCUGGUGACAUUUGCCUUCCUGCACUGUAGCCUCCAUUAGUCCAGCCUGCAGCUGAUUGCAUGGAUGGCACAAGGGAAUUUUACCACCAGCCAAUGUUGUGUCUGUCUGUUGGGGCAAGAGAGUAUCUGAGGAGGCAACUGCAUAACACUGAGAACAACAGCAACAUGGGCAACAAGCACAAUGAAUUUGAACAGGCUUUAUUAAACUUACAGUAAGAAACUAUCAGUAAGAAAUGGUGAAUUAGUCAAGAUUUAUUAUUAAUGCAAAUUAACCAGUUUUUUUUCCGCUUCUGUGUUUUGAUAAAGAUAGUAUUGAUGAUA